UCCGGUUUGUUCAGUCUCGCGCGAGGUUUGAAGACGCGACACUCGCGCAGUCUGUUUAUAAAGUUAUUUUCCUCGCCAGUUCUUGUAAACAAACUUUAACUUCCGCGUUACUGUGUUUUUACCUCGUGUUCGCCCUCUCUGAACUGUUUAUUUCCGUUAGCUUAGCUUAGCUUCAGUAAUGAACACACCGAGCUGACGCAGCUGUUUCCGCUUCCCUCGGCACGCGCGCUGCGUGAUUUACACCAGUUCCGCUGCGGAGAGGUUUUUAUUACAUUAUUUAUUACAUUAAACUGUCGGACUGAAGCGGUGUUCAGAGGGACUGGGAGCUGACAGUCGGUGAUUUAGCUAGCGAGCUAAGCGGCUAAUGGAUCCAAACAUUGAGGUGAUAGUGCUGAGUGAUGAUGAUGAUGAAGAUGCGGAUGGUGACCACACGGGGGCGCUCGACAACUCCUCCGUUUUAAUCGUGGAAGAAAACGACGAGAGGAAAGAUGUCCCUGUAGCGAAUGAGAUCCUGGAUGAGGACGUGACCAUCACUUUCUCUCGGAAGGCCAGCGUUCUGCCUCACGCCAGGUUCGACUGCAGCGCCCCCUUCAGCUUUACAGACUCGAACACCUCGGCGCCAGAGAGCAACAACGCAGCGUACUGUGAGCAGUGCUACUGUUACAUCUGUGACCAUCUGGCCUCGCAGUGCAUGUUCUGGAACGUUCCUGGGUUCUGUCACUGUAACGCUCACAAACGCAGCAUUUUCUGGAAAUCCUUCCGUGACAAGAGGAUCAUGGGAUACCUGCACGAGCUGAGGUUCACCUUUAACCCCGCGGACAUGGACUCGGACCUCCGGCGAGCCGAAACGUCCCUGCAGGAGUUUGCACGUAGCUUGGCGCUGAAGUGCGGCGCGUUCCUGGCGAAGGCGGGCGACCCGACCCGGAUCGUCUGCGCGUGCCUGUGUCACGGCAACGCGGCGGCCAGUGAGAGUGUGAUGGGCUGUUCCAAGUGUUACGUGGAGCAUCAGAAACACUUUCUGUACGAGUACACUCCUGUGAUGAAGCACGUGCGCACGUUUCUCAACGACGCCAUGAAGGAGACGCCAAAGAGCGCCGCCGUCAUGCUGCUGGGCGCGGUCAGGCUUUUCAUCACACACUUUGAGCCUGGAACUGCACACGCUCCUGCGAUUUCACACGUGGCACUGGAACUGUUUUGGAGAGCGAUGUCGGCGGUGCAGAUUCUGUUAGUCGACGCAGACUUUCCCGCCUCCUUCGUCAAGCACCUGCAGGACUUUUUCGGGAUUCUUCCCCUUCCUCCUGACUUCAGGAAGUUCAGAAACUGCCUGAACGUGCUUCCCUGGGACGAUCAUCUACUCUCGGCGGUCCUGAAGGGUCAGAACAUCACUGGGGUCAGGCAGGUCAAAGGUCGGCGUUCAGAGACACUGCAUGAAGCGAUGGUGGUGGUCAGAACCCGGGUUGUCAAACUUCAGCAGCAGAGCAGGUUUCGUGAACUGGCUCGAUACCUUAAAGUGGUGAAAAGUGACCGCUCUGAAAAGCUGCAGAUAAUGAUGGACUGGAUUCCAUUGUAUUUGUGCAAGGUUGGCGAUUAUACCGGCGCAACCAACGCUUUGCUCAACCCCACGUACGGAUCCUCGUGCCCCGCCUCUAAACUCAGUCCCACCCAGUUCUGUGCCUAUCUUAGAAUAUUCAUAUCUGGCCAGGCCCCCCAAGGGUUACCGUCGCCACCGCAGGUCGAGUUCAGUACUUAUUCUCAAACCCUUACUACGCUCCAGUCAGACCCUCUUAUGAGUAACACAUGGACUCCUGUUGAAGGAGGAUCGAACUUGCCGAAGAGGAUCGAGGUGCUGAAGUUUGCUCUCCGAGUCCUGAACUGUAAUAACGCAGUAUUUGCACAUGCCGAAAGCUGGAUUAAAUUGCUAAAAUUCGCCAACUUGUCGUCCUCAUCCGCUCCAUCCGGCUCGUGUUUCCCAGAACCCGACUACAACUUCCUGAUCAGGACCAGGGACAUGGCAACGGGAAUCCUCACCGAGCUCAAUCGCACCUCGCGCAUCCAGAUACCGAAGAGCUUUCAGAAUGGAUAUCCGGACCAGGCGUUACUGCUCUUGGCCACUCAGGCGUUCGCGUGGCGUCUUCUGCACUCACGACUCAAACCCACCCUCGCGGUCAUCCUGACCUUCAAAUUAAACCCCUGGGUGAUGCGCUGGCUGUUCAGCAGUCUCAUGGUGCAGCCACAAACACUUCAGGAUUUACUCCGUGUGAUCCUGGACGAGCUCGUGGACAGACAGUGUAAAUCCAUCUUAGGAGUUCAGGACCCGGCUGAGCAUUUCUUCAUCGCUAGUUUCCUGUGUUUGUUCUUCCUGGAGCCCAGCGUGUGUCUCGGUCCCAACACGUCGUACAUCACACAGCUGCUGUCUCAGUGGAACGAGUUCGAGCACCCAUGGCAGUAUCACCUCAGACGAAUGCUGGAAGUCCGCGAGUCGAGCCUGAGUGCGGAGAAACAGCAAAUUCUCCUGCAGAUGAGUCAGUGGGUUCUGCUACAAUAACAUCUGUCUGUCUGUGUGUCUGUCUGUCUGUGUGUGUGUCUGUCUGUCUGUCUGUCUGUCUGUGUGAGUUAUGAAAGACGUCUCACCAAUUGUGUGUGAUGUGACGUCACUCAGAAAUGAAUCAGGCAUAAAAAAAGAAACCCUGCGUCAGUUUAGUUUUGCAUCUCAAAAGACAAAAAUAAAUGAGCAUUUAAAAGCC